AUGGAGACUUCUCUCUCCCCUUACCCACAGAUGAGGGCGUGGGUGCUUAUGCUGGCGUGUGUGUGGGCGUGCGGCUGGUGCCACGCCUCCUCGCUCAUAAGGAUCUCCGCAUAUGGGUACCCGAGUCCCUUUGGCUACGGCAGGGUGUCCUCCCCUAUGAUAUCCUCGACGCGGCCCAGGCGGAACGCCACCUUUGUCGCUCCGAGCUCAGAGAUCAUUGUCGAGGGUGAUGACGGCAGUGAAGAUACACCACCUUCUAUAACCCCUAACGACCACGUUAGGGAGGACGAGGAACCUCAGGAGGACAAUGACCCCUGGGAAGACGAUAUUCAUGGCCCCACGAAUGAAACGUUGCACCCCAUAAGAGUACGAAUACCCAUCAACAGGAUGGGAGUGGCCGCAGGCGGGCCCAGGAGGAAACUGCGGCCCAGCCUUCUAGGAAUCAGGCGACGUUCAAAGACGCAUGGGUCCACCACAGCGAGAAGUGCAGCGGGACCUCCGUCUGUCCGUCCUCCGGCGCCACCUCCAUCGCUUGCUCAAGGUCUUUUCGGACCCCCGGCGCUACCAGGGUUCGGGGUUAAGCCUCCUGCUCCACCAGUCUUACCACCGUCCACACCCACUCCUACCAUGAUGGGCAGCGUUGGACCACCAGCUAUCCCACCACCCAUCAGUUCACCGUCACCCCCACCUGGAGCUGACCAAGCACAGGUCACCGACAUCAAGUGUAUGAACACCGGGGCGACGAGUUCGUUCAUGGCGGUGCUGUCUCUCCCGGUGGGAUACAACGCCAUCCCCGUGUUCGAGGACCGGCCCACCAUCGACCCCACCAUCAACACCGCCUGCAGGAUGAUUCCCACCCAGCUCACCAACGACAUGUUCCAGCUCAUUGUCUCGGACUUGGAGCGGUGCGGAGUGAGGGAGUGUCGCCAACCUAAUGGCGAGACUUGGUUGUGUCUCCAGCUACGGUUCCCGCUGGUGAACGGCCUUAAGCUUCCAGAGGACGAGAUCAUCCAGAUCAGGUGCCGACCUCAGGACAAGGUGGCCCAGGACACCCACAUCCUCAGGGUCGCCACUGCCAAGUAUGCUGCUAAGGAGGCAAUAAGUGGAGGCGGCUCCACGUCGAUGUUCGAGGGAGGCCAGCAGGAGUUCCAGUGUGAAAUUGGCCUCUUCAGAAAGCUUCCGGGAACAGAGCUCUUUGCGUCCAUAGUGACACCAGAGGUGGAGCUUGACUUAGGGGAGGAGGUACAGCUUCGGUCUAUCGUGAGGGCCGGUGAUGGGUGGCAGUACAGUCGCAUCACCACCAUCAUCAUACAGAAGGUGGGGGCCCCGCGGGCCCGCUCCAUCCUCAACGCUGCUGACCUGGUCUUCGCUGACGGCUGCCGUAACCCCUCCUACAAGGUAAUCGCUCGCAAUCACCCGAAGAGGGAUCCACGGAACCCAUUGAUCAACAACUUCACUUUCCGGAUGUUCAUGUUCCAAGACAUGGAGGUGGGUGACACGCUCAUGAUCACCGCUAAUGUCAUCGGCUGCGUCGACGCCAAAGACUGCGCUCCGACCAACUGUGGCCCGGGAGACGACGAUCUUCUUGGGUUCGGUAGGAGGAAGAAGCGAGCGGUGGAGCAGUUCACCUUCACAACGGUUGUCCCACCUUCAGGUAUCCUCUCCUCGUCCUCCUCGUCCGGGCCUCCUUACCCGCCUCCUAUCACAGGGCCUUCCUCUGCCCCGCCGCCGUCAGCGUCCACCAGCAACUCCCACUGGGCACACGAGAACACUACCAACUGGAAGAGGAACUUACCCGUCAGGGUCAAAAUUCCUAAUGAUAAGGUGUAUCAGGAGUCUAUUGAAGCCCAAGAAUGUCGCCUUUAUUUAUUCAUCACUUUAGGAGUGGCUGCUGUCUUCUGUAUUUCCUCCGUGGUCUUUGUGGUCUUUACCCUCCUUCGUGGUCGCAAUAAAGAAAUGUCUUCGUCGGCUCCUGUAGCGUCGAUGAUUGGCCAGAUGGUUCCAGUGCAACCCAUGUCACCACCGUCCACGUAUUCAAGUUCCCUCUCGACUCAAGACUCAUCAGCCAGCACCUGCAGUCUGCCGUUGCCUAACUUCGUCGUGCCUUCGACAGUCAGACAUAGAAAGCGUCAGGUCAAUGCUGAACUUCUGAAAGUUUUUGACAAUGAACAUCAUUUUCCCUAUGGCACUUACCACCCAGGAAUGCUCAACUAUUAUGGGUACAUGGUGGUGCCUCGCAAAACACGAGGCAGGGUUAGUGAGAAGAAAUCUCUUCGAGCCAUUAAAAGAGACCAAAAGCGUCAUCAGUUGGACGAACCUGAGUUCGUAUGUCAGUGUUCCAGUAACCACGUUGACAGUUAUGAAGAUUCCAACUCCAAUAGUGAGAAUCACAAAUCAAUUAUCAGAAUAUUAGCUUCAUCACCUGACGCUGAAUCAUCUACCCUCAACCGACCCCCAAAACCGGUUCCGAGAAUGCAGAAAGGUCUUGAAAAUAUCUAUAGUGAGAUUACAGUCAGCAGCACACCGACGAUGGUCUGAGAAAAUACACACUAGAGUUUAACGCAGUGCCAUAAAUUUGUACAUAGGAGGUGACAUAAGGAAAUAUUAUAUUUUUAAUACUAUUAUUUAUUGUAGAGUGGGUCAUAACUGUACCAAAUUUGACACUCAUGCCCUGAAAGGUCUUGAAAAGUGUUAGGUAAGUGCAAUAACUCAGCAGACAAUAAUAACAUGCUUGAAAGAUUAGUGACUUGCAGUGUUGUCCCAGCAGUAAUUAUGAGCCAAAAGAACCACCAAUCACAAGUAAUUCUAAAGUGAAUUUAUAAUCCACUAUCUUGUAUUUCGCAAACAAAAAAAUAAAUCAAUGAGAUACCAAGGAAUCUCAGAUGGUGAUGGAGUACACUCUCGUAAAAGUAGCUGGAUCUUGAGUGAAACCCAAAUAUUUUAACUCCUGUAAACCAACUAUACAAUUAAUUUUCAGGUUUUAUGUUAUAUUUGCGUUCACCUUCCCUCAGGGCCAUGUUAGGGUAGGGUCUCCCGGAGUUGUUAAUCCAGGUAUUUUAAACUUAAGUACUUAGACGCCUUCACUGGCCUGACUAGUGCUCUCUAGAAGAAUUUAGAAUUGUCUGUUCUGCACUGUGGGCUGACGGACUUGAAGAUGCUGCCUCCGGUAUGAAUGGCGCGACUUACCGUGAAGUGGUUGGGGCUUGUCCCCCUACCUUGAGGUUACCUUGAGGUGCUUCCGGGGCUUAGCUUCCCUAAGCUUGGUCAACAUCUUAAAUGUUACAAAUCAGCCCUGGCGUGCCUGGCUAGAAGAGCUGCUAGUCCGGUAGCACUCAGCAAGCGAGGUGACCUAGUAAAGAAAGAUUUUUCAUGACUUUGUCCUCACUGGCGUAUGUGUAUAUGUAUAUAUAUACAUAUACUGUAUGGUCAAUAAGCUAAUGUAGUCGCCUAAUAACUCCUCUCAUGGUUGAAAGCCUUAAAGCCCAACACCAAACCAAACCAAAAAAAUCACCCUGUGUUGAACUGUUGAGUGAUAUAUAACUCGUUUUAGUUAGUGUUGUGUACUUGCUCAAAUAUUCCAGAGGUUAACACAGCUAAAUGACCAUUUUCUUGUAUAUAGAGUUAAAGUUGAAUUUGGUUAAUUGUUUUAUACGACUGCUGAUUCCUACAUACAUAUAGACCCAAUACCUAAGACUUUAGGAAGCAUGGCAGGAUCUUCAUCCUGGUAGUUGUGAUGUAUGUUACCACGUUACACAUCAUAGGUCAGAAUUGCUUUCUUUAUUGAAUUGUAUAUACAAGUAUUUUGAUCAAUAGUGAAGUAUUGCGCCAAUCAUUUAACUGAUAGUGAUGUGAUUCAGGAUGUCGUCAUUGCCACUGAAGUGAACAACGUAGCUGGCUGAAUAAUGUAUCCUCGUGGCACUCCUCUCAUUAUUCGAGUAUGACGAUUGUUACUCCAUCUAAGACGAUUCUACUUCCUAUAUGUCAUCCAUCACUCUCACCAUUUUGCAAGUGUUUCCAGAUGCUUGGAUUUUUUGUAAUCAUUCGUUCGAGUGACAUUUAUCCAAAUACGUUAACAAAGCCACAUCAACUUUAUAGCUUUGGUCAGAUGUUUAUUGAGCAGAUAGGUCCAGAGGUCUUUGUUCCCGUCUACCUUGUGGAGGUUCUGGUGAUCAAUGACCCCGCGGCCCGGUCUCCGGCCAGGCCUCCCAGUUGGUCGUCUGGCCAACCAGGCUGUUGGACGCGACCGUGGUGCAGAUACUUUCCCAAUUAUUUACAUCUCUCUAUUAGUCAUUCAAAAGAUCUCUGUGGGAUCAUUGUCUCCAUCAUUUAAACAUCUUUCACAGCAUCACUGCAGAGGUUGAUGUGAAUGUGUAAAGAGCCGCAUCUUUAUUUUUGUCUACCAAGCGUGGUCAGCAAGAAGUCGUCACCUCAGCACUUGGCUAUAGAAGCUCAUCAAGGAAAAGUCCCCUUACUGCCUCACCACAUGACUGAUAAUAUUAAAUAUGGCUUCUUCACGCACUCACAGCCACUUGUGGUAGCCAGGCUGGCUAUCACAGGUGGCUCACCACAGAUGGCUCACCACAGGUGGUGAUGCAUUGUCUUGGACCAGAAAAAUAACAGAGAUUACAAAGACCCUUCAGAUGAUUAAUAAAGAGAUAUAAAAGCACUUGAAUGAUGAUAUCAUAAUGUCACGGAGACUUGUUGAACCUCUCUGUUCAUCAUAUUUCCAUGAGGACUUGUUCUAUCUUUUGUGACUGGUUGGUGAUGUCCUGGGAGAUGGCCCGUAGCUGCAAGUACAUUUAGAGUAGACCAUUAUUUCACUAAUUCUUAUGUUGUCGGGAUUCUCUGAAUCCACAUAUAUGCACAUUGUAUAAGACUUCUUCUUCAGUCUUCUGGUUGUUGUAUAUAGUAAUUUUAUGUUCCUGUCAUUAUUUUUAGGAUGUUGAGAAGCAAUUAAGAUACUGUGCUGAUAUUAUUGGAAUAUACAUUAUAUAUAAUUUUAUAUUUAUACAUUUAUAUAUACAGCCC